AUGGCAGACAAAGGUGACCCUUUUCGUGACCUCACUUUCAAUGGGUCGCCUGCAGAGUACAGACUCUUCAGGCGAAAGAUUCUCCUCAGUGUCGCGAGCCUGGAGGGCAAGCAUGUGAAGCUUGCCGGGCCUCGCAUCCUGUCGCGCCUCACUGGGGAGGCUUGGAAGGCUACCGAGCAUUUGUCAGUGGGCGAAUUGCGCUCGGAGCAAGGCUGGAUGCGCGUGCUGUCGGCGCUGGACGAACACUACCGUUACCUUCCGGAGACGGAGUUGAACGAGUGCGUCGAUGAGUUCCUCUUCCACCUCAAGAAGAAGACCGGCGAGGGGCCGACGGCGUUCAUCUCGAGGUUCAAGACUGUUCUCUCAACACUAGACACCCUCAUCGCAGCGGACAAGGCCCAGCAGGAGCGGACGACCAAGCGCCGGCGAAAGAAAGCAGCCGAGAAAUCGGACUCGGACAGCAGCAGCAGCAGAGACAGCAUCAGCAGCUUGAGUGAAGGAGGGCCAGAUUUGACGGCCGAGCGAGUGGCAUCCGCUGCAGCAGAGGCCGCGGGAGAGACGCAAAAGAAGGCAGCCGACCAGACCAAGGGCCCGACGACCGUUGGCAGCUUCGUGGGUGACUCUCCAAAACCUGGCAAACCUCCUUCUUCGAGAAGUUCCAAGCACAGCCGUGGCACGCAAAAGGCUGACGAUGACCGUGCCAACCGGAAGAUGCUCGAGGACCUGGGGCGGCUUGAAGCAGGGCACCUGCGCCUGAAGCCUGUGUUCCCGGCCGUGGUGCUUGGCCAUCUGUUCAUGCGCAAGUAUGGUUUGAACCGAGAGCAAAGAAGCCAAGUCAUCCGCUCCACCGGCGGAAGUUCGAGGUUCACGGACAUCGAGAAGGUGAUCCGGGCGUCAGACUUUGAAAGUUCAAGGCUGGAUGUGGACCCUCGAGCAGCAUCUCGGCCGAGCCGCCGAGAGACCGUCAUGGCAGCAGAGGACAGCAGCGUCGAGGAGCCAACCGACUGGAGCGAGGACGUGCACGAGGCCGACGAGGAGACGGACGAUGAAGAGCUGGUCGAGGCCUUCGAGGUGCAGAAGAAGGCCAAGCAGACGGCUCGUCGUGCGUUCAAAAACUACAAGGAGAGCCGCAAGCGAGUUCGAGAAAUUCGCAAGGCGCACUUCGUCGGCGGCAAUGUUCUGACAGAGUUCUCCUACAUGGUCGACGACGACAUCAACACGGACACAGACGAGAUCGAGGUCCUGGCUGUCGCUAUCCCUGUGGGCAUGGCAGUGCUGGACACCGGGUGCACUGCUUCCGUGGUUGGCGAGCAGACAGCAAAGGACUACAUUGAGCAUUUCCGAGCGAUCGGCCUUCCAGAACCUCAACAUCUGCAGCUUCCGCCCGUCCAUCUGAAAGGCUUCAACGGCGUCAAGAGCUCGACCCGCAGCGGCCUGAGGUGGACGGUGAAGAUCGGGGAGUUGUGGGGCCACGUGACAACGUAUGUGGUUCCGGGCGAGGCGCCGUUCCUCAUGUCCAGAAAAGUGCUUGAAGGAAUGGAGGCGACGCUGGACCUGGGGCAGUCAACAAUCACGAGCCAAAAGCACGGAUUGGAGCGCUGCAAGUUGAGCCGAGCCAGCAAUGGACAUCUUCUGCUUCCUCUAGUACCACAAGCUGCACAGGCAGUCGACACUUUCGAGGCCGCCAGUGAGCCAUCGGACCAUGUGAGCGACAACCAGACCGCAGACGAGCCGGCCGCGCCUCCACCGCUGCAGCCACCACCUCAGAAUCCUAAGAACCUCCUAGAGGAUAAGGUUGAUGUUGGGGCUCAUAGGUAUGCUUUGCGGGUUGUCUUCGGAGGGGAUGUUGAUUUUGCUUUGUGCGCUUACAGACCGCGUUUUGAGCGCAUUCCUAAGCAAGCGGCAAUCAAAGCCCUUCAGAUGAGUGUGGCGUGCUUAACUCCAGAAGGUGUUCUGGAAGUUUCUCCCUGGACCGGCAGGGCAGCUUCAGCCAAGAGGGCGCCUUAUGCAGCGCUCGGUGCGUGCGUGUUUGCGUUCAGAUACCCUCCUGUGCAAACCGUCAGACCCAACAAGUCCCGUGAAGAAACCCCAGAAGCUGAACCAGAACCGCUGCAUGAAUCCCAGCGCCCUUGCUCUGGCGACGUCCGUCAGCCGACAGAACAGUGUGUUGAGACUUUGCCGAAACCGCUGAGCAAGUGUGCCACUGCAGGUGACGAUGCUCCGGAAAGCGUCUGUGACUGCUGCCUUGCUGCAGAGCCCACGCCGGUCAAGCCGGAAGCUUCUCCUGAGCUUGAGUUUCCCGAUAGCCUAGGUGAAGGGAUAGAAGCGGUUUAUGAGGAACUUGACUGGGUUACCCUAGAGCACCUCCCCAUGCCCUCAACUAGCAGGCGUGCUGUGGCACGACAGGUAGAAGGCGUCAGGAGAGUUCCGUUUCAGUUGGCCCUGUCCGCACUGCGCGAGGACUCAGAGGGAACAGAGCGUGAGCUAAGGGAGUGGCUAGGAGUUCAGGGUAAUGCCUUAGGGGGUCAAGUUGGUUUAAUUGAAGUUUUCACGGGGAAAGCACCGCUGUCCUCUGCGUCCAGCCGGACGAGAGGGCUUGUGAGCAUCCGCCUGGGCCUUGAAUAUGGCCAAGACUUCAGUCGUGCCAGGGAUAGACGCUUGCUCCUGCUCCUUCUCGGAAGGUGCCGUGCCAGGGAUGUCUGGUUCUCAUGGCCAUGUUCGUGUUGGUCAGGGUGGUCUAGGAUGAGUUUAGCUAAGGGUGGUAACAGUGCCGCAAAAAUCCUGUCACGCCGCAAGCGUGAGCAAGUCUUUCUUCGUCUUUUCGAGCAAGCCUGGGCAUUGCAACUGAUGCUAGGAGGUCACGCUCAUGCCGAAAAUCCUCAAGGUUCUGCUGCCUGGCGCGAGCUCACCUUAGGACCCGCCUUCGAAGCCGACUUCCACAUGUGUGCUGCAGGGAUGACGUGUCCAGACUCCGGGCUCCCCAUCCUUAGGCCUACAAGGGUUGUCUCCAGCGAUGCAGGGCUUGUCCAGACCCUGAUGUCCUUGCGUUGCCCGGGACACACCCGACAUGCGCAUCUGGAAGGGAGUCGGCAGACUCGAAUUGCCGAAGUGUAUCCGCGGAAGCUGUGCUCGAUCCUUGCGCGGUACUUUUCCUCUCGGGACGAGGAUGUUCAUCCUGACCAUGACAUCUUCCUUAAUACCGAAGAUGAAGCGGACUCAGAGCGAGAAUCCGAGAAUGAAGUGCCUGAAGGGGAACGUCCACGUCCCAACCGUGCAGUGUAUCCUGCCAUGAUCCAGAAACUCCAUGUAAAUACUGGACACUCUUCGGUACCGCAGAUGCUUAGGCUGGCGCAGCGUGCCCGAGCACCAGAGGGUGUCAUACGCGCCAUCCGCGACUUUAAGUGCCCGAUAUGUGAGGAACUGCAAGUGCCACCAUCUCACCGAGUUGAGCUUAAAAGGGAUGGCCCCGAGGGGGUAGAGGAGUUAAAGUUUAACGUUCUUACCGCCGUUGACUAUGCCUCCGACUUUGCACAGCAGAUCGUCAUUCCCAGCAGGCCGGGUAGUGUGAGCCGGGCGUUCCAUGAACUAUGGUGCCGUCCGUACGGACCCCCCAAGACAGUCUACGUUGACCCUGAUCAACGGUGGAUGUCAUGUGACUUCCAAGAGUACUUGAGGCACAACUCCAUUGCCUUGCUGAACACCGCCACGGAGUCACACUGGCAGCUGGGACGCGUAGAAAUUGCACAAAAAAAUCCUGCGAAGGAUGGCCCAAAGGGUGUGGAAAACAUCCGAGAGGAUGCUGUCCUUUCCGAGCGGGAUUUUGCACAAAAGAUGCGUGUUCGCCAGCAGGCCGCUGAUGCCUUCCUAGAGGCACACGCGCACGCCACCUGGAAUCGUGCCAUCAAAGGCGCUACUUCCCAAGAACCCCCGCAAGACAGCGACUUUGAGUCUGAGACUGAAACAGACGAGAGGAACGUCCGUCGCCGUGUCACCCGCUCUGACGAGUACUGGGAAAACCGUGCCGCCGGAAUAUCUCCCCGAGGCUCCCCCUUAGUCCGCCAGAGAGAAGAAGACCAUGCAGAAGACCCAGCCUUGAAGAACCGAAGGACCAUGGAACCUGAAGAUGAAGAACCGAGUUAUUCACCCUCAAUAGCACCGGAACAGGUAGAAAGCGGAACGGCCAUUCCAGUCCCAUCCGAACCUCUACAAGCGUCGGCUGCCGCAGACCUGGACGCAGCCGUGCCAGAGGGGGAUUCUGACCCGGAGGGCGGCCCUGAUGAGGACUCGCAGUGUUGCGAAAUUUCUUUAGAUGUGUUUGCAACGGAUGUGUCCUCUGAUCCUCAGUGUCUCUGGGAUGUGCUAGAAGAGUGCGCAUUCACGGUUGCGGCCGCUCGCCCGGGACAGAAACGCCGGGUUGAAGUGAACUUCCGAAAGUUGGGGUCCGAGGACAGGUCCCUUUUCAAAAAGGCCAUGAAGAAGGAGUGGCAAAGCUGGCUUGAGAACCGUGUAACCACUAUCGUAAAACGAAAGGGGAUACCCGCGUCCCGAAUCAUUGGUUCUAGAUGGGUGCUAACAUGGAAGAAGUCGUCUGACCCCGACGAUCGUUCUGUGGCCCCCAAAGCACGUUUAGUGCUGGUAGGGUUCCAGGAUCCCGAUCUGGGGCGCAUAGCAACAGACAGUCCCACUUUGAGGAAAGAAAGCAAGCACAUCGUCCUCAGUAUCUGCGCCAGCAUGAAAUGGACCAUUUGGGGAGCGGACAUCAAGACAGCAUUCCUCUCCGGGGACGCGUCCCAGCGCAAGCUGUGCUUCGAACCUCCUCCGGAAGUGCGGGAGUUCAUGCAACUCAGCCCUGAAGAUGUUCUUCGAUUAGAAAAGGCCGCGUAUGGCCUUGCUGAGGCACCAAGAGCUUGGUUCUUAAGAUUGACCCGUGAGCUCCUGUCUGAGGCCUACAUUGACAAACUGGACGAGGUGUGCACUAAGCAAUUCGGCAAGGAGUCAGACAUGCUGAACCGACCGUCGCUCAUGCGCGCGUGCUGUGGCCAGCUCGCCUGGGUGGCCAAUCAUAGCAGACCCGACCAGGCCUUCCUUGCGUCGUACCUCCAGGGUGUUCAGGACAACGCCACCAUAGCACACUUGAGUUUGUAUAAUAAGGCUGUUCGUGAAAUGAAGUCCCGUAAGCUCUCCCUACGCUUCCCAAGCAUUCCCCUUGAACGCUGGAGACUCCUGGCCAUUACAGAUGCUGGCUGGUGCGUGCGUGCCAGUGGCGAAUCACAGGGCGGCAUGUUAGUGUGCAUCUGUGACCAGGAUGUGCUGGAGCAGAAGGAAGGAACAGCGUGGCUGAUAGAGUGGACCUCUAAGAAAUUACGCAGGGUUGUGCGUAGUUCGACUGCUGCAGAAACGUUGGCUGCCCAGAAUGGCCUGGAUGCUAUCGAGUUUGCCCAAGCGUUCCUUCAAGAAGUCAUCCAUGGUAUGACGCCGAGAGAGUUCCAGCAGUGGACUCCGGCCACGAAGUCCGGCCUUGUCAUUGACAGCAAGUCCUUGUACGAUGCCUUGACUCGGUCAGCGUGCAGCAGUGCGCUAGCCAUGGAAAAGAGGUUAGCGAUCGAUUAUGCUAUCGCUCGCGCGUGCCUGUCAGAGCGCAAUGUCACUCCGUUCUGGACCAACAACCUUCAAAUGGUUGCAGACUGCCUGACUAAGCUUAAGGGUAAUAAGGAUAUUCUGUAUAAGUUCUUAGGAACCUGCAAAUAUCAUGCCCGACCUAGCAAGGAGUCCGGUAGAAAGGAAGCCUCCCGCAAGGCUUCUGAGGUGCCAAGCUGA